AUGGCUCAAAUAGUGCGGCAGGCGCAAUGGGAGGCGCAGCUCGUGGAAAGUGGGCACUACGAUAAGAUUAUGGUUCAGAACCUGGAAGUGGUUGUCAAUUCUGGCAAAGAUGUUUGGGGUCGUGAGAAAAAGCAAAGGGCCUUUAUCAGUGUCAUCCUCACCCUAGGCAAACAAUUCACUUCAGCUUCUUCCACAGACUCCGUCGAUGAUAGCACCGUCCAUUAUGGUAUACUCAGCAAAGCGAUUCAAGCAAAAUUUGGGAAUGCUACAUCGGCUUGGACAAGCACGUCUGCGCUUUCAGCUGCAGUUUCACAAUGUGUGCGCGAUGUUGCAGGUUCAACUGAAAUAUAUGCUAUCGAAACGAACGUGUGCUACCAAAAGGGAAGCAUGCUCGGCGAAGGGGCAGGCCACACGACUUCUUGUAUUGAAAAGUCUGGAACACGCUCGAGCGUACUUUAUUUGCGCAACGUCCGCAUUCCUUGCCUAAUUGGGGUCAACGCGAAUGAGAGACUGCAAAAGCAGCCCGUGGAUGUUAAUAUCUGGGUAGAUGGAAUCGCUGACUCCCGCGUCGACGACUAUCCGCAACUAGAGAGUCUGUUGUUUGAGCUGAUCUCAGGGUCCUCGUUCCAGACGAUUGAGAGCCUACUAGCGUGGCUCGUCGAAGAGCUUAGACAGAAGUUCUUCACGCAAGAUGUGGAUCAGGGCGCAUGGAUCAAGCUGCGAGUUGGCAAGCCCCACGCCGUACCUUUUGCCGACGCGCCAGCUGUGGAGAUUAUGCGACCAGUGCGUUCGGAUUGA